CAGUUCAACUCACCCUGCUGGAACCAUUGCUUGCGCUGCGUGGUGUCUGGGAGACGACGGGGCCCCUUUUGGCCGGGUCGAUGAAGCUGCGCGGCAUUGAGCUUGCGUCUAAGCUGGUUGGCUGGCUGAGGUCGAGGGAAGCAGAGCCUAUGGAGGAGCUCGAGAAAAUGGACGGAGGUGAGGUGGAGGAGACGGAGGAUGCAUUGGAUAUGUUUAGACUGGUUAGAGAGGCCAAUUUGUCGGCUGUAGGACUCGGCAGGCUGGGGUCGGGAGGAGGAGAAGGCGAAGACGGAGGCAAAGGAGGCGCGGCGGCCAGGUGCAUAUGUUGGUGUGCCAUGUCCCUCUUGGAGAGCUCGGCGGCGCGGACCCUCUGGGUUUCUGCUGCCUCAAGCCGUGCCACGAGGGUGGGCAGGUGCGCAGCCUUCCGUACGUCGUUGCGCCGCACUUCGGCGUCGUCCUUAGCUAGCGACUGCGUGCGGUGCCUGAGACGGCGGUUGUUAUCUGAGAGACGAGCUGGCCUACGCUCACGCUCACGCUUACACUCACACUCACAAUCACACUCACACUCACACGCACACUCCCGGUCCCGAGUGCUUCCUUCGGGGUCAACGAGAACGACAAGCUGCUCGGGGGCGGCGUGGACGGCGGCGAUGUCUUUGCCAAUGCCAACAUUUGAGGUCGAGGUCGGGCUCGAGGAUGAGGGCGGAGAGAGCUUGUUGCGCAGGAUGCCCUCAAGCCGCAAGCCGGCCGGCCGCCCCGCCGACUUUUGCUUCAGCGUGCUCACGUCGUCAUCGGUGCUGCGAGCCGACCGAGUGUUUCCGUCUUUCUGCGAGAGCGGCAGUGGGAUUGGACUAAGUGGUGCCCGCCUAUGCGGGGACCCGGGCUGGCCAAUCCAAACUUUAUUAAUUGCAUCUUCGUCGCCGACGGAUAUCGACGUAUUCCAUGCUCGCUUUCUCUUGCUGCCGCCGCUGCUGCUGUUGGUGGCGUCACUAGCGCUGAAGUCCAAAUCCAGUUCCGAGUUCAGAUCCGGGCCACCCAAGUCUAGCACUUUGAGUUGUUGAAAAGCUGCACAAAAGCGCCCUGCAGCCCUGGUUCCUGCAGGAGCAGGACAUCGUCGCCGACUGCUGCUGCUGCUGCUGCUGCUGCUACCUGAGAGGUCGGGCCAGCUUUCCGGGGCUGGGCGCCCUGGGGUCCUCAGGGCGGUUCUAGUGCAGCUUCUAUGGAUAGAUCUUCUUGGCUGCCGAGAGCCACAUUUCAAACACUGACGCACAGGAGGGCGAAGGUGUGCCUAG